CCGCGCGUCAGCGCUCCGCCGCGGCAGCGGCGCUCCGCAGAUCCUCUGGCCGCCAUGGCAGCCACCAGGAGGGUGAUGAGAGCCGUCCGAGUGUUUGAAUUUGGUGGCCCUGAAGUGCUUAAACUGCAGUCAGAUGUGUUAGUUCCUGUUCCAAAAGAAAACCAGGUAUUAAUUAAAGUCCAUGCCUGUGGGGUAAACCCUGUUGAGACAUAUAUUCGUUCUGGGACUUAUGCCAGGAAACCUGCUUUACCCUACACUCCUGGCUCGGAUGUGGCUGGGGUGAUUGAAAGUGUUGGGGAACACGUGACUGCAUUCAAGAAAGGUGACAGAGUUUUCACCCUUGAAACACUUUCUGGAGGAUAUGCAGAGUAUGCAGUUGCUGCAGCCAACAGAGUCUUUCCUUUGCCGGACAAGCUGGACUUCAGGCAGGGGGCAGCCAUCGGAGUGCCCUACUUCACUGCCUACCGGGCCCUUUUCCAGAAAGGCUGUGCCAAAGCAGGGGAAAGCGUGCUGGUUCAUGGUGCUAGUGGGGGGGUGGGACUAGCAGCAUGUCAGAUUGCCAGAGCUUGUGGUUUGAAGGUUUUGGGUACAGCAGGAACUGAGGAGGGCAUGAAUGUGAUCCUGAGAAACGGUGCUCACCAAGCCUUUAAUCACAGAGACCCAAAUUACACUGAGAGAAUUAAGGCAUGCACAGGGCCGGGAGGAGUCGAUAUCAUCAUAGAAAUGCUCUCUAAUGUCAACCUGGAUGCUGACUUGCAGCUGCUGUCCUACGCAGGGAGGGUGAUGGUUGUGGGCUGCAGAGGACGCAUUGAGAUAAACCCAAGAGACACAAUGAGCAAGGAGUCCAGCAUAAUUGGAGUGAGUCUGUUUCUUGCAACUGAGGAGGAAAGGCGUGAAUGUGCCACAGCAGUCCUUGAUGGCAUAGAAGCUGGCUGGCUGAAACCUGUUGUGGGCUUGGAAUAUCCCCUGGAGAAAGUAGCCAAGGCUCAUGAAGACAUUAUUUGUAGCAGUGGUGCCCGAGGGAAGAUGGUGCUCCUUCUAUAAAGGAGCAUCUUUCCCCAUUUAUUUUUUAGCUGUUCUAGCUGCACCUUUGCUUACAUGGUUCACUGAAUGUAUGUUAUAAACAUACCUUUGAUCAUGUUUGACAGUAGCAGAAAAUGCCCACUUAGAUGAAUUAGUUAACAUUUUCCUUUUGUAAUGAGCAGAGUUGCAUUUACUGUAAUUUUGGUAGCUUUUAUGAUUGAUGUGGAAAUAAUAAAUUUUCCCUGCUGGCGCGCUCUGUGCUGCAGGGAAUGGUAGGGUUUGGUAUCAUGGUCCAUGUGAAGGCACAGUGAGGCCACUGCAGGUAACACAGAAUGAAGAUGCUUUUUACAGAUACACAAAAAUAAAUAACUCACUAUGUUAAUUAGAACUGUAAAUUCUUUUAGCCACAAAAUUUGUACUCAAAUUUUGUCACAUAAUUUACUUGAAAAAAAAACUUUUGCUGACAAAA